UUCAAACGAGACGAAUGCGUUUCCACUUUUCAAAGGAAGGAGAUGCGAAAGAUCAUUAUUAUAAUGAUUUCUUUCUCCAAUUGAAAAUUUUCAAAUCCCACUUUUCUUUUCUAUUUUUCCCACCACCUUAUUUGAAGGUUUAAACAAAUUUCUCAAUGUUUUUGACUCAGACCGUGUCUUUUUCUUCAUCAAAAACGUGUUGAGCUGUUAUCUAUUUCAAUCUCUCACUUUUCUUCUUAGAAGUAAUUUCUUUGCUAGCUGUAAUCAGUAACGGAGAUUUUUGGACACUUCCCAACUCAUAUCUAUUUUGUUAUGAUAAAAUUUUCUCAUAUCCAACUGUCAUCUCUAAUAUUAGAAAAGUGCAUAGUGAGGGAGCAAACUGUUCUAUAUACAUACUUUCUCCUUCACUCUCAGCAUUUAAGAGAUUAAAGGAGAAAGAAAGGAAUCCAUUCUCAAACCUCUCUUCUCAUUUGAGAGACUAGAGAGAAGAAAGGUAUCAUAGGGAGCAAAAUGGCCCCAUCAUUCGACUGGUGGGGAAAGGAGAACCACCGUGGGACGCCGGUGGUGAUCAAGAUGGAGAAUCCUAAUUAUUCCCUUGUGGAAUUGGAAAGCCCAGAUGAAGAUGAAUUCCAUGGAAUUGCAAGUUCUGCGAAGAGCGGAAGAAGAGGGAAGAACGCCAAGCAAUUGACUUGGGUUCUUCUCCUCAAAGCCCAUAAGGCUGCCGGGUGUCUAUCUUCAAUAGCUUCGGCAGCCUUUGGGCUAGCCGCCGUCGUUAGGCGGCGGCUUGCCUCUGGUCGGACAGACUCGGAGAUGGCCGCCGAGUCUGAGAAUCCUACCGUUAGGAGGAGGUUCUACUCCUUCAUCAAGGCCUUCUUGCUACUGUCCGUAGUGUUGUUGGGUUUUGAGAUUUUCGCUUAUUUCCAAGGGUGGCAUCUCGGCGCUCCCCGCCUGCAGCUACAGCAGCUGAUCUCGUCUCCAUUGGGAGUUUGGGGGCUCUUUGAUUCGUUGUAUUCUAGAUGGGUUUCAGUCCGCGUGGAGUAUCUCGCUCCCCCUCUGCAAUUCCUCACCAAUGCAUGCGUUGUGCUGUUCUUGAUACAGAGCGCCGAUCGGCUAGUUUUGUGCUUGGGGUGCUUCUGGAUCAAAUUCAAGAAGAUAAGGCCUGUUCCGAAGCAGCCUGUCGAAGAUCUCGAAGGUGGAGAUGGUAAUGCAAGCUUCUUCCCCAUGGUUCUAGUUCAGAUCCCUAUGUGCAAUGAGAAAGAGGUUUAUCAGCAAUCGAUCGCUGCGGUCUGUAAUUUAGACUGGCCGAGGUCGAACUUACUCAUCCAAGUCCUCGACGAUUCAGAUGACCUGACUACACAAAUGCUGAUUAAGGAAGAGGUGCAGAAAUGGCAGCAGGAAGGGGCUCAUAUCAUCUACCGGCACCGAGUUAUCCGAGACGGUUACAAGGCUGGGAAUCUCAAGUCGGCGAUGGGCUGCAGCUAUGUCAAGGACUAUGAAUUCGUUGCCAUUUUCGAUGCCGAUUUCCAGCCGUCUUCGGAUUUCUUGAAGAAGACUGUCCCCCAUUUUAAGGAUAAUGAGGAAGUUGGGCUGGUUCAAGCAAGGUGGUCGUUCGUGAACAAAGAUGAGAAUUUGCUAACAAGAUUGCAGAAUGUAAAUCUAUCGUUUCAUUUCGAAGUGGAGCAACAGGUGAAUGGGAUUUUCAUCAAUUUCUUCGGGUUUAAUGGGACUGCCGGGGUGUGGAGGAUAAAGACAUUGGAAGAGUCUGGAGGGUGGAUGGAGAGGACGACUGUCGAGGACAUGGACAUUGCAGUCCGGGCGCAUUUGCAUGGUUGGAAAUUCAUCUUCCUUAAUGAUGUCGAGUGCCAAUGCGAACUACCAGAAUCAUAUGAAGCUUACAGGAAGCAGCAACACCGGUGGCAUUCUGGCCCCAUGCAGUUGUUUCGCCUAUGUUUGCCCGACAUCAUCCGGUCUAAGAUCAGCUUUUGGAAGAAGACCAACCUCAUAUUCCUCUUUUUCCUCCUACGAAAACUGAUACUACCCUUCUACUCCUUUACCCUCUUCUGCAUCAUCCUCCCCAUGACCAUGUUCGUUCCCGAGGCUGAGCUCCCUGCAUGGGUCGUCUGCUACAUUCCUGCCACUAUGUCCUUCCUCAACAUCCUCCCUACCCCAAAAUCCUUCCCCUUCAUCGUCCCCUACCUCCUCUUCGAGAACACCAUGUCCGUCACCAAGUUCAAUGCCAUGAUCUCGGGUCUCUUCCAGCUCGGGAGUGCCUAUGAAUGGGUGGUUACCAAGAAGUCAGGCCGUUCAUCUGAGGGAGAUCUCCUCUCCCUUGUCGAGAAGGAGCCCAAGCACCAACGCAGUGGCUCCGUGCCCAAUCUCAAUACAAUCGAAAGAGAGGAAACCCAACAGCAGCAGCGGGAAUCAAAGAAGAAGCAUAACAGGAUAUAUAGGAAGGAGCUGGCGCUUGCUUUCCUUCUCCUGACAGCUUCAGCCAGGAGCUUACUCUCAGCACAGGGUAUACAUUUCUACUUCUUGCUCUUUCAGGGGAUAUCGUUCUUACUAGUGGGCCUUGAUCUGAUUGGGGAACAAGUUGAGUGAAAGAACGGUUUGGAUGAAUCAGAAGGGGAUAUAUACAGAAAUGGGCACAUGCGCGUGCCAUUGAAGAAUAGAUAGAAUGCAUGGAGGGCGAGCUCCCUCCCCAAGGAUUAAAAAAGAAAAAUGAAAAAAGAAAAAGAAAAAGAAAAGAAGAAUCUCCUCUCUGUAGAGGUGUAGAUAAGGCUCCGUUCUGUUAGCUGUUUUAUUCUUUUGGAUCUUAUUCUUUUGUAAGAAAAUUUUGUUGUUCAAAAUGGAUUUUAGUCUUACUUACAGCUCAAAGGCCUAAGCUGCAUUUCUUCCGGCCA